AGGACGCGUUCGCGUGAUCUGGAGCGACUCUUUAGCCGUUAUGGAAGGUUUCUGGGGUUUUGCCUAAACCUGGAGGUCUAUGGUGAGAGGGUGGCCUUGGUGGAAUUGGUGGAAAUUCCUGCUGAGUGUUGACUUUGGCGAUUCUUUCUGUAAUGUUAUUGCGUGUUUUUAUGGAAAUGGCAACAAUCACAAACUGGUGUUUUGUUCGUCUUUGAGGGGCGAAGUAUCAUACUCUAGCAGUAGUUAAGUAAUGAUGGCCUUACUGUUUCUGGAAACCAUUUACGCAGAAUUCGAGAUGUGGAUAUGAAGCAUGAUUUCGCCUUUGUUGAGUUUAGUGAUUACCGAGAUGCUGAUGAUGCAAGAUAUAACCUAGAUGGCCGUGAUGUUGAUGGCAGUCGAAUCAUUGUGGAGUUUGCAAAAGGGGUGCCUCGUGGAUCUCGAGAAUAUUUAGGUAGAGGUCCUCCCCCUGGUUCAGGACGCUGUUUUAAUUGUGGCCUUGAUGGCCAUUGGGCUCGAGAUUGCAAAGCGGGGGACUGGAAGAACAAGUGUUACCGCUGUGGAGAGAGAGGCCAUAUAGAACGAAACUGCAAAAACAGUCCGAAGAAGCUGAGGCGUGGCCGUAGUUAUUCACGUUCACCUUCUCCCCGUCGAGGCAGAAGCCGUGAUCGAAGUUAUAGUCGUGACCGAAGCUACAGCCGAUCAAGGUCCCCAGUCAGGAGAGAACGGAGCCCAGUUCGUGAAGAUAGGUCAUUGAGUCCUCGAUACAGAAGCCCAGAACCCAGAGACAGCCCUCCACCCUCGAAGACAAGGAAUCGGAGUCUGACUCCUGAUGAGGGCAGUCCGCGAGGUGAGGCUUCUCCUCGUAAUGGCCGGCUGGGUGCCCGGCAGGAUGGAUCUGACUACAGUCCCAGAGACAAGAGCAGAAGCCCCGCAAGUAGCCCCGCAAGGGACAACUAUGUUAGCCCUAAAGCUAAUGGUCGCAGCCGGAGUGCUAGCCCGAAGGAUGACCGAAGCCCCAUUGAAGAUGAUGAUGAUGCCCGCCAUUCUCCUCGAGGCAGCGAGUCACCUUAAGAUGUAUUCAGUGGUGUAAGAAGACAGGCCUAGUAUUUUAUUAUUUAUUAUGUAGCGGUUUGAUGAUUAGCUGUCCGCCUUGUGCAACUCUGACGGGCAUAACUUGUGUUUAUGGUUUUAUGAAGGGACAGUUCUGUUAUUUAUGUC